AUGAGGCCGAGCUCUCUCAUUAAUCAUGGUGAUUAUGGUGUUCAACAAAUUGAAACUUUUAGUCAGUGGGACGAUGCAUCCCAAUAUGUCCCAACUCUGGGCAAUUUCUACCGCUCACCAGACUCGACAUCCGACAUAAGCUGUACCAACACCGACCCCUUACCCCUUAUCAACUACGGCUAUCCGUACCAGACUGCUUGGCUGACGGAUAGUCUUCCUCUACUUCAGUUUGGUGACUGGGAGGAAGGUCGGACUUACGACGAGGAUCCACCGACUUGUAUUCUCUAUUUGCUCGAGUGGAAGGUCACCCUCAAUAAUCGGAUGGGGGCGAAAGAUAUAUAG